GAUUUGGUCUCUGUUUAAUGAGAUCCGUUUGGAGCAUACUCAGCUCAGGAGAGAUCUCAGAAGUGGAGCUGUGCCCACACCCAGGCUCUCGCUGAUGCUCUGUGUGCACAGUCAGUGAGAGUCCUGCAAGUUGUGUGGGGCACAAAGUCCUUGCAGGGACACAGAAUGCUUAGAGAAGAGGCAAGUGUGCAAGCGGCGCGGCCGUGCCAGGGGAAAUCAGUGCUCAUAGACUCCUUCUCAAUCUUUCUUUCCUUAUUUUUUCACUUUUGAAAGGUGAGAGUGAGCUCCCAGCUCAUGAUAGCGUAAGGCUGGGGAGCUUGCCAGCAGUGGGGAAUAUUCUGCUCUAUUUUAGUUUACUCCUCGCUGCCAGAAGUGUUCGUUAAUGGCUGACUAAUUAAACAAAGCUGAGAUAAAGGGAAUGUGACCUGGGUUUGGACAGGGCUGAGGAAUGUGCAGAGCUCCAGGAGAGGCAGAGGGGUGGAUUUUAACCCUUCCCCAUCCCCAUGGCUGGCAGAAACACUGCUGAUGUGUUGGACCGAGGGUUGGGGAUAACAGUGAGGGGGGUCCUGGCUCCAGUCGUGCCUCUUCAUGUUGCUGUUCUGCUGCCAAUACACAAAGAUUUCCGUGAGAUCGGGCUCGAUUUGGAGCUUGGUUGGCUUAAGUAGCGGAGUCCCAAGGUGUUCUGCUGCUCACGCCUUCUGUGUGCAGGUAGAUAAGGACCCUCCAGCUGUACUCACUUUCCUUCUGCCCAGCUUUCUCUGCCUGGAACCUGGCAAUGACCACCCCGAGAGAGGUGCCCUGUGCCUCCAAAUCAUCCAGACAUGGGAUUUCUGCCCGUGGUACUGCACGGGGUUCCUCUGUGGGGGCUUUCAUGGGAAAGGAGCCAGCGCUCAGGAAGUUUUCCAGGGUAGAAUUUGGAGUAGGUGCUCUGAGGAGCAAAGAAAGAUGCUGUGACUUCUGCAGAAAGCCAGCAUGAUGCGUGCAGGUGGCAGCAAGGGGGAACCAGAACGAAGUGGGCACACACGCACCCCAGGAUGCUCACCCUGGGAUGACUCCAGCCAGCAGUGCCUGUAGGGUGAAGUUUCCCUCACUCAGCAAUCCAGGCUGAAGCUGUGCGCGGCCUUUUGAGCUUCAAUCAGCCUCGCCUGCUGGGAUAAAACUUUGUCAAGGUAACAAGCACAGUCAAGGGAGCCUGACGGGGAGGUUUGUUUGCGGCACAGCUCACGCCCAGCUGCCUGCCCCUGAGGAAUGCUUGGCGUGGUUCAGGAUCUGGCCCCAUGGUGCUGGCAAACACGUGGAGCACAGCUGUGUCCGCUCGGGGCACAGCGGCCUCUGGAGGAGUGAAACGGGGGCUACCAGUACCCCAAUUUGUGCAAGAAUGGGCGGUGGUGGAGGCUUUCCCCCUUCCCCAGGUGCUAGGGAAUUAUUAGAAUUUAUAGAAACAGGGUCUGAGAAGGAGAAGCCCAGACUGAGUAAGGAGGGAGUGUUGGUGCAGUGCUGGAGCGAGGCGGGCAGCCGGGGCUGGGAUUUCCUGCCUGCAGGAAGAGGUUGUCUCUAGAGCCACUAAGUUUCGCACCGAGCAGUGUGAAGGAAGCUGAAUCAGGAGACUGAAAUGGGAGGAAAAGGCCACAAUCACACCAGCAGGCAGUGAAAGUGGCAGAGGGGCCCAAAAUCAGAGCGAGCCACGCUGGUAGGACGGGUUGGGUCAGCGUGGGAUGGCAUUGCUCCCGCAGCUUGAGAAACAAAAGGGUUAAACAAACAAAGCAUAAAGCGGGGCCUGAAAUGCCAGGCUGCCUGUGUUUGUUUUACUCUGCUGCCUCCGUGUCCAGAUCCUGCGUGGGAGGGGUGUGCUUCCUCCAGCCGGCUGCUUUUACCGACAAACAAACAAAACUGGUUUUUCCUCUGCUGAGAUGUCAGGGCUGGAUCCGACGACGUGCUGCAGUCUGAUGGCUCAUCCCACCGUCCGACAGCAAACCAGCAGCGGCCGGCGGUCACCGUACCCUCCUGUCCCUCACCUUCCUGGAUCUUCUGAGUGCAUUUUCCUCUUUGAUGUGCUAAACCCCAAGUUGCUUCUACAGUGAAAAUGCCGACCUCUGCACUCGUGUGGUUUCGGGCAAGCCAGAACGCUAGGAACAUCCAACAGCGGUGUCAGGGUGCUGGGUGCACUGCUGGCACCACACCUCGCUGACAGCAGAUCCUGGCAGCAAGAAGCUGGAGCCCGGAGCCCGGCAGUAGGUGCACAGCUUCCACCAGCAACACCUGGACAAGGACCCCUUUGCCCAUCCCUGUCACACCUCUGCUUGUCGCUGAAGGUGUGAGGACAAUGCGGCCUCAUGGGGUUUUGUUCUUUGCAAACCAUUCUGGAAAGCUUUGAGCUGUACAGGGCUGUCGUUGUGGUCCAGGUGCUGGGGAUUGCAGCCUGGUUUUGAAGCAAAUCAGGGCUGGCUUUGCAGUGCUGUUACACUUGUUCUGAUGGUUGGUUCUGGCCAAUGCUCUGUGCUGCAUCCAGGGAAAAUGCAGAGUUUAAGGCUGUUGGCAGUUUUAGGGUUGCAUUAGCAGCAAUCUGAGCGUCCAGCCUUUCCCCUUGGCUCUCACUGGUGUUUUCACAAGGGUCUGAUAGGUCCAGUCUUGUUCUGAUUUUCUUUGCAGAGUCUGUGCCAGGCAGAGCAUGCCACCAAGUGCAUGGCAGAGAAAUAGGGAAGGGAAUCCUACCAGCUUUUCUCUGACUUAGGUCUUGUGCUCAAGUUGGCGCUGAGGACUUGCUGUGAGCAACCUGCAUCCAUCCUCAGUGUAGCUGAAUAUCAGGUGAUGACCAAGAGCACUGGUACAUGGUUUCGAGUGUGCUCACUCUGUCCCUUUCCCCUUAGGCUGAGCUCGGGGGGAGUGGGUCCGCAGCUGUUGUCAGCACUCAGGUCACACUGACUUCAGUGCCUACUCUGCUAAGGCUCAACACAGAAUUGUUGAUUUUGGGAAAGGCUUGCCAGCACUCCGAGCUCCUGCUGAGCAGCAUCAACGUUGUACCUCUGAGCCUGGAAGGAUGCGGGCGUUCCGCUGGUGUAAACAAGCCCCCAUUGUGUGAAGCUGUGGUGUUUACACGAGGAGAAAGGGCUCUGGGGUCCGCCUUGGGGCCAGGCUUCCUCUGCAGCUUUGUUCUGUGCUUUCCUUCGGGCUGGGUCCCCACUGCCCCACUGAGGUGGUCAUCUCCCCCAGUCCUUCAUGGGGCAGCUCGUGGACCCCACUGUGCCCAGUGGCAGCCACAGGGUGGGCGCAGUGCGGAGCAUCGCUCUCGUGGGACAGCGCUGCAUGGAUACCCCCUCGUCCAUCACCACUGCAUGACCUCUGGUUUCUGAGGAAGUAUCUGCGCUGCGUUCCUCGAUGCUGCUGAGGGCAGAAGCAUUUCCUGACCUUCUAGCACAUUCCUACCACGUACCAUGGGAUGAGUCCAUCUCCAGCUGCUGCUGGUUCAUCAGUUCCUUGACGCAUCUGUGCUACAUCUGGAGUGCUCACCUUGGAACCGUGGCUGGAGAGCCACAGGAACAUGGCUCUGAAUCUGGGGGGAACCCUGAGCGCUGAGCUCAGCUGGAAGGAACUCUCCCUUUUCUGCACCAACCAUACAAUUUCUGGGCUCCUCAUCGUGGCUGUCUUCAUCCCAGGACCCUGUGUGAUGCAUUUAGCUGUGGCCAGUCUCAAUCAGAAAUGCUGUGCCAGGACCAAGCAGCACUUCUUGGAGGUCUCUUGCAGGCUGAUUUUGCUGAUGGUUUUUUAAAAUAAAAUAAAAAGAAGCAAGCUCUCCCUGCAGUGUUCACAAACAAGAUGAAGAAGCGCUGAGAUCUGCAAGCAGCACAGGUUGUAGCUGAGUGGUGAUUGCUUGGUCUCUUGGCUGGGCCCAGCUCUGCAGAGGGAAGCCAUGCAACUGUCAGGCCUUGAAUUUGGUACCAAAGCUAUGCUGGCCACGUUGCUAAGUUUAGUUUCAGCAACCUUGAUAGAUGUUUAAAUGCCUGAGCAAACAGUCUGUUUUCCUGCUGGAACUGAACACCUGUGUGCCCAGCUCUUUGCAGGCCAACCUGUUUUGCUCAGAAGUUUUCCCAGCUCCUAUCCUGAAGUGCUGCCUGGAGAACAACCCCUGCUCGUGGCUGCAGUCCUCAGUGACGCUGCAGCAGCCGUGUCUCCAAGAAGCAGCACCAGUUCUGCAGCACGAGGCGGCCCGCAAAGCCCCGACUCCCAGAGGAAGGGCAAAAGCUCGCGUGUGUGGGCAGAGUAGAGCCAGGGAAGCUGGCCAAAGCCACAGGCUGGUGGCCAAGGUCUUCUAGCCGCUCUAACCAUGUUCAGCAAGAAGAAGAAACGCAUCGAGAUCUCCGCACCUUCCAACUUUGAGCACCGUGUCCACACCGGGUACGACCAGCAGGAGCAGAAGUUCACAGGACUGCCGCGGCAAUGGCAGGGCAUCAUCGAGGAGUCUGCCAAGCGGCCCAAGCCCCUGGUGGAUCCAGUGUGUAUCACAGCCAUCCAGCACGGCUCGCAGAAGACCAUCGUACGGGGCACCAAAGCCGCCAAGGACGGCUCCCUGACCUGGCUGCUGGAUGAGUUUGAGAACAUGUCCGUGUCCCGUUCCAAUUCUCUGCGCAGGGACAGCCCCCCCUUCCCGCCCCGCCGCGACCAGCUCUGCCAGGAGAACGGCCUCUCCGAGGACACUGGCCGCAGCAAGGAGAAGAGCUGCCCCGCACCCCGUGGCGAGCCCGACCGGGGCAAGGAGCGACCCCGCGAGCGGGACCCGCAGCGGCCCCGUGGGCAGGAGCCUGGCCCCAGAGCCGGCGGCCGCCCGCCCCCUCCCGAGUACCCCAGGCCCCCUGAGCGGGACGGCCCCGCCGACAGGGACUGCAGCGAGCGGGAUGAGCGCGUGGUGCGGCGGGAGCGCGCCGAGCCCUGUGAUAAGCGGCCCAAAUCCACCUACGGCAGCGAAAGCAGCCCACAGUCCCCCCGCGACAAGCGCCCGCUCUCUGGGCCCAAUAUCCGGACUCCCAACAUCCCCGUGUCCGAAGGGGUGAUGAAGACAGCCCAGCAGACGGGACGACCCUUUAAUACCUACCCGCGGGCUGAGACCGACCCUGUCCGGGGUGCAAGUGCACAGGCUGAGCUUCGGCCGGGCCGACCACAGGAGACAGCACCCAACGGGCCAGUGAGUGGCACCGCCGGCUCCUCCCGAGCCCAGCCCCUUGGCCCACCCCGCUCCAAGGUCCCUGAACCCCCCGCUGGCCUCACCCCACACGCCUCCGAGCCCCACCUGGCCCGCCCGCCGCAGCCUGGCCCCCCACCACCUGCUGUUGGCCCACAGCAGCCCCGCUCACCUCAGCGCGAGCCCCAGCGUGUCUCCCACGAACAGUUCCGGGCAGCUCUGCAGAUGGUGGUGGAUCCUGGAGACCCCCGCACCUAUCUGGACAACUUCAUCAAGAUCGGGGAGGGCUCCACUGGCAUCGUCUGCAUCGCCACCGUGAAGAGCAGCGGCAAGCUGGUGGCUGUCAAGAAGAUGGACCUGCGCAAGCAGCAGCGGCGUGAGCUGCUCUUCAAUGAGGUGGUGAUCAUGCGGGACUACCAGCAUGAGAACGUGGUGGAGAUGUACAACAGCUACCUGGUGGGCGACGAGCUGUGGGUGGUGAUGGAGUUCCUGGAGGGCGGCGCGCUGACCGACAUCGUGACGCACACCCGGAUGAACGAGGAGCAGAUUGCGGCUGUCUGCCUGGCCGUGCUGAAGGCGCUGUCCGUGCUGCACGCUCAGGGCGUCAUCCACCGUGACAUCAAGAGUGACUCCAUCCUGCUGACACACGACGGCAGAGUGAAACUCUCUGAUUUUGGGUUUUGCGCCCAAGUGAACAAGGAGGUGCCGCGGCGGAAGUCGCUGGUGGGGACCCCGUACUGGAUGGCACCGGAGCUCAUCUCUCGCUUGCCCUACGGCCCAGAGGUGGAUAUCUGGUCCCUGGGUGUGAUGGUGAUCGAGAUGGUCGAUGGGGAGCCUCCGUAUUUUAACGAGCCGCCGUUAAAGGCCAUGAAAAUGAUCCGAGACAAUCUGCCCCCCAAACUGAAAAAUGUGCACAAGGUCUCCCCCUCUCUCAAGGGCUUCCUGGACCGCAUGCUGGUGCGGGACCCUGUGCAGCGGGCCACCGCCAACGAACUCUUGAAGCACCCAUUCCUGGGCAAGGCGGGCCCCCCCUCCUGUAUCGUGCCCCUCAUGCGCCAGAACCGCAUGCGGUGAGCGGCUGGCGGCUGCCCCACUGCCAUCCUCGCCAUUGCCUCUAACUGGAUUUGUGACUGUGCCGCUACUGUGGGGGCACUGGGGGGGCCUGGCCCCCCACACCGUACUACUGAGUCGGGAGCGUGCAGGGAAGGGGGAAGCUGGCAGGGGACAGCAGUGUGGCCGUGCGAUGGCACUGGCCCUGUCCCCACUCCUUCCCUGCAGAGGCUUGGGACUGAGGGCUUUUCCUGACUGCUCUGGAUCUGACGUUGUCACCACCCUGGGAUCCUUGUGAGGCAUCUCAACUCAGUCCCCCCCAUUUAUUUUUUUUCCUCUUAAAUCUUUUUCUAUCCUUCUCUGGCCCUAGGGGCAGGCCACUGCCUGCACCCUGCGGGAGGGAUAUGUCCCCUCCCACCCCAACACUACAGCCCCAUGGCCACACUACUGAUCUGGGUCCCCCCUCCCAACACUUUUUUUGUUUCUGUUUUGUUUUUUAACAAAGCUAUUUAUAUUGUCGUUUUGUAAUGCCACAGUGCUGGAGUGCCCCAGGGCUGCUAUGGGGUCCCCUGGAGAUUACACGUGUCCUUUUGGAGA